GGGAGGUGCAGCAGGCAGAGGGAGGAGGAGGAGGAGGACGGCAGCCCAGUCUGCGCUCAGCUCAGGGAGACGAAGCCCCGCGUCCACCUGCUCCGACUUCAACAAGUGAAGACGAGACAAACGGAYGUUCAGAAGUGGAUUUCCUCUCCAAACAAACGCCGAAACUCAUCCUGCCWCUUCCCACCAGAGCUGGAAAACCAGAGGAACUCCAAACAUUCCCGUCAAGAGGAAGAAGAAGAAGCUUCAACUCGUUUCGGUGAGCAACUUUAGACGAUUUUCAAUCAUUUCAGAAAYGUUUUGCUUCCUAGAAAUGAUUCCUSAGUCUUACAGCUGAAUGAAGUUAACGUCAAAGUGGUGAGAUUUUAGUGUUUUACCUCCUGCAGAGUCWGAAUAAGAGCAGCACGUCGCCCCCCUCCUGCUAGAAACCUUUCAGCAGGAGCCGUUAUGUGCGGUUUGGAUGAGGAGAUCCUCAGCGGAUGACCUCAGACUCAGCCGGGGUUCAUUGUGAGAGCCGCUCCUGCAGGACAGACGGAGUAAAUUUAGAGUCUCUGGCUAUUCUUAUCUGGGAGGCGGCGGUCCUGGAGAGACGGGAGCGCUGCAGGGAAGAGGAGAAGCUCGCUCCGUUCGGUCCAGCUGUGAAAUCACGUAAUUAGGACUGAGGCGAGGCAUUACGCCCGGCCUAAUUGAAUGAGAGAACGCAGGUGAUGACCUGCAUAAAACGACACRACGUUUGGAGUCCGGCGUUUUUCCUGGUGUUAAUCUGGAGAUUACAGCUUCCCACUGGAAUAUGUUCUGGAUGAAACAUGCAUCAASAGACUGUUGGAAUCGAUUUUAAUGGAUUAUCUCAAGAUAAGAGUCCACGGUUCCACGAACGAGCUGCUGACUUCGUCUUUGUAAAGUCUGAUGAGGGAGACAAUCGGGCCGGACGAUGAAGCCUUCUGCCUGACAGGACGUUGUGGAAGAGCCUGCUGACGAUGCAGGACGCUGCGAGGCCUCGGAUGCUUGGCUUCGCCCUGCUGUGGGGCGUGAUUCUCCUACAUGACGCGUCCGUGACGGCGUGUCCCUCCAGCUGCCACUGCAUGGAGAAGAACGGCUUGACGGUGGUCCAAUGCAUGUCCCGCAACCUGGAGAGGAUCCCCCCRGACCUCCCCAGAGACACAGUCGUCCUGCUUCUGGCGGCCAACCACAUCACCCACAUCCCCAACCACGCCUUCAGAGAGCUGCACUACCUGCAGGAGCUGGACCUGUCCAACAACGACAUYGAGACGGUGGACAUGGGCGCCUUCCUGGGCGUCUCCGACAGCCUGCUGGUGCUGGAUCUAUCCAACAAUCACAUCCAGAGCGUCCCCAAGGAGGCGUUCGCCCGGCUGCGGGCCAAAAUCAGCCUCUCCAACAACCCGUGGCACUGCGAGUGCACGCUGCAGGAGGUGCUGCGGGAGCUGCGGCUGGACCCRGAGACGGUCAACGAGGUGAUCUGCCACACGGCGGUGCAGGAGGAGUACGCCGGCAAGCCCGUCAUCCAGGUGCUGGACUCAGGGAUCAACUUCUGCAACUUCCACCACAAGACGACCGACGUGGCCAUGUUCGUCACCAUGUUCGGCUGGUUCACCAUGGUGAUCGCGUACGUGAUCUACUACGUCAGACACAAUCAGGAGGACGCCAGGAGGCACCUGGAGUACCUCAAGUCACUGCCMAGCAACUCUCAGAUCAGCAAGGACUUUGACACCAUCAGCACGGUUCUUUAACAGGAGACGAAGCGUCUAGAUACRCCGAGAUGGACGCAGAGUUCUGGGAAAACKGUCCUGGUGGGGUCACCACGAACCUUCGCCACGCAACAAAAGCUUUUCUGGUUGGUUGAGUUUCCUGACAUUUUCUACCAGUCAUGAUAGAGACUCAUGAUCUCUGUUUGCAAACACAACAUUCAAACCUGCAGAGUAUUUUACUUUGACUCUUGGUGGAGGGAAAAGCCAGAAUUGUCCUCAGUUGAGGACUUUUCCCCCCGAGUAGCUGCAGUGUGUGAAGUUUUUAAAACAAAUCAGUUGAUAUCAGGCUGUUGUCACCUGGAGGUCCAAUAGACUCUGUUAGGAACCAGAACAUCUGCUCCACUGGCAGCUGCUGUGGCUCCGAGUCAAACCAACCUGUUCCCCUCCUGGCCUGUGGGGGCRCUGCACCAAGAACCACUGAAGGAAACGACACUAAAACCUCUGAAGAGGUCGUCUUUCUUUUGUCAGCUGCAUGAAGCAGUGCUGUAAUCCAAUACAUUCCUUAAUCUGAACAUUUUAUCUAAUCCACUUUGCAACUAAUAUGUAAACGUUCAGAUUGGCUGCCAGUCGAAUUUAUCAAGCUGUUAGCUCAUCAAGCUAGCACAGCAUGGCUAACUGAGAUCAGAAGGUAUGRGGCAGCAUUUAUGCUAAAGGCUAAUAAUUACUGRACAUUAKAAAAGUUGACGUUUCUUUACAUAUUUUGUCACUUCUGAGCGUUGUGUUUGCAAACGAUACUUCAUUGCACUUUAUUGUUGCUUUAAAGUGAGAAACGUUUUGCAGGCGAGUGAUGAUGAGGAGCAACAUGUCAGGAAGAUUAAAGAAUCAGAUGACGACCUGAAUGAAUGCUGACGGUUCCUGAAGGAAGCUCAGACAUUACAGCAAAUUAUUUGGGGGAUUUAUUGUGAAUAAAACAGAUUGUAGUGUUUUAGCUAACUCAGAAAGAUGCUAAUGCUUUAAAAACCAACAUUUUCAAUGUGUAUCAGCUCUUAUUCUGAAAUACGACAAAGAAUCUCUGAUUUCUGAACCAAGUUCAACCAAAAUGUCUGUGCCAUAACAGCUGGAGGAGAAAAGCACAAAAUGAACCUUCCCAUUAGUUAUGAUGCAUUUUUCCUGAACACAUUUCUGUUGGUGUGAGUGAAUCGUGGAAGUGGAGGGGAAGGCCGGAGUCUCCCGGUCGCUUUGCUGCGGCUGAUUUAUGCCCCAGAUGUCCCAAAGUCAAGGUGAAGACGAUUUUACGAGCUACGCGCUAAUUUAUGGAGCCGCUCCAGACGCUAGCAUAAAACAGCAGAGCUUGAAAUAAAGCGGGGAGCUCUUAGAAACGAAGCUCCUCAACAGAUCCUUUACAAAAGUUUCCAGAUUUUUUAUUCUUUUUAAUGCGUUUUGAAAUCAUUGAGAUUUUUCAUCGUUGGGUUUAGAGUAAAUCCUAAACGUGGGAUUUGACUUUUUAAUGCUUUAAUGUGUGGUAAUAUAUACGAACGCUGUGCUCAGCCUUGGACGUUUCCAAAUGUCUGAACCUGCUUAAUUCCUGCAUAUCAAAUAUGUUGGACUUUUUGGACUUAGUGCAUAAAUCACAAGCAAACAGCUGCUGAUCUGGACAACAGGAGGACAUGAUGGUUCUUUUACAGCUGCCACUUUAUCCCCCUAAUACUCCACUCCUUAUUUUUUACUGCCAAUAUUCUAUGUCCUUGUAAAGAUUAAUACGGUUUUAGCUGCUGUUUUGUUUCCAUACAGUGGAAAUAUGUUUAUUUAAACAUAAAUAUGAUUUGGAGUCUAUGCAAAGGAAGGAUUUAUUUGUUGUAGCUGCAGCGAUGAGCAGAUGUUUGGAUCUGAACCGUUAAUUAUAUCACAUUGUAAAUAAACUGGAUUUAGGAAAAUGCCAGGAGAAAAUCUGGAAAUGUAAACAAAGUGAUUCUGGUCGCCUCACCUGCUGCUAAAAUGUUCAUGUUGAGUCCAGAAAUGCUUCAACGGUCACUCUACGGAGGACUCAUCCUGCCAAAAUUACCAGGAAAUAUGGAAAUAAAUAAAUGUCUUGAAUAAAUAAGUAACAGUCCCUGAAGGAUUUAAAUUCGUUUCCCAAUCAAAGUCACUGAUUUUGUGACGUAACUUAGAAAUACUUGCAGUAAUUUUUCCUCCACAAUACAGAAAAAACAAUCUGACGGAUUGGGCACACGAACAUUUAUAUUCUUUAAUUUUUGCUACGUUCCACAGCGAUCACAAACUUUAACAUGACAUCAAGUAAAGCUGGUUUUAUGAAGAAAUGUUUAGAUAUUGAUGACUAAUUAUGAUUAUUUAUGCCCAGAAGAGAAGGGAUGUUUUUUCAAUUUACCACAAAUUAACCCUGAUUUACCGAUUAACCAAAAUAUGCAAAUGAAAAUGUGAAUUAGUUGGAAAAAAGCCAUCUGCUAAUGCGCUGGUAGCAGAGCUAAUUUUUCUUUUUCUUUUUUAGCGUGUUUAGUUUCCCCUAAUAUAAGCCUAAUAUAAAUGCAACUCUCCUAAAAGUGAGAGUUAAAGCUGUGUUAAAGCUUUAACACAGCUUUAACACACCAAAGCUGUGUUAAAGCUUUGGUUUUCAACGGUUAAGAAAUCUUCAAGUACUUGGUUAUUUAUAUUCAUGCUCUUAUUUUGAAAAGGGUGAAGACUGUUUGUGCUGCAGUUCUGUUUCCUCACUUCAACUUCUCUGUUUUUACCCCAAUUACUUUAUUUCAAACAAGAAUCAAUAAACUUUAUAACACUUGGUAAAUUUGGCUACAGUGAGGCGAGUCAGGUUGUUUGCUAKAUAAGAAACUUUACGUCAAUUCAAUAAACAUAAAUAUAACCAAAUGUCUCGGUGCUCAACGCUUUCAAAUAUUAAAAACCAUGAAAAAAAAAUCUGAAAAAAAAAGAAUCAACUGCAGUAUUACUAGAAGUAAAAUAAAAAAAUAAAUAAAAUGGAAACAAUAUUAAAACUAUAAUAAAUCAAAUUCAGCAAAAAAUCAAACCACAGACGGCAGAGAACAAGAGAAGAACAAAUACGAUACUUAGGGGCGUCAGAAAACAUGCAAAUUAUGUAAAAAUGUAAUUUUUGCUCCAGGCUUGUAGUCCUUUAAGGGAAAAUCUAAGUUGAAAUGAAGUUAGCGCUUUAGCAUUAGUAGCUAGUGCUACUAUUUAGCACACUAAUGCUAAAGGUUUAGCUCUGCAGCUUUAGCGGGUCAAAUGUUUUUGAUCACCGCUUCAUGGUCAGAGCAACUAACUCUUUAGUUAGCUUAUGCUAGUUCUUUAGCAUUAGCUUCUGCUAAACACCAUGCUGCUUAGCGCUUUAAUGCUAGCAGAACUCAUGUUUUUCAUUAGUGCUUCAGAGUUAGAGUUAUGUAAUCCAUAUGCAUGUAAUCCACCACUGGGAUUAUUUGAAUAGAAGUUAGCGCUUUAGCGUUAGCUAAAAACCAUGUGCUUUAGCGCACAUUAGCUGCUAACGCAGAACUAAUGUUUAUGAUUUUCCUGGAAAGUUUUCUUCGAUUUGUGCCAAACAGAUUUCUAUCUCAACUCCCAAUAAUUCAGUUUUAGAUUAAUUUGUCCAAAGAAUUUAUUUAAAUAAAUUCAGAUUUUUGUCUCAGAUUUUGCUCCGACUUUCAUGUUUUGUCUUGAAAAUUUGCUUCCUCCUUUCGAACUGUUAAACCUCCAUGUCCUCUUCUCUUUAGUUUGAAUUGUUUGGUUAUAUUACUGAAAUAUUUCAAUUGUUGAGUAAAAAUAAAAAGGGAUAAAAUCAGAGCUGGUUUAUGAUUUGAUGAAUAAACUCCAAACAUAAAUGAAAACUUUUUUCCAGGUGGUUUUAGUGUUUCUGAGCUGGCGGUUAUUGUGUCCAAGUGCCUUUCCUCUGGGUUUCACUGUGCACUGCAGCCCGUCUGUCUGCAGCCGUCAGAGGCGGAAAACGUCCUUAAACGUCCAUGUUUCGUGUUUUUGUGCUCUAACUGUACCUGCUGUCAUGUGCCGACCUGCGUAGUUGUUUGAAUAAAUGCAAACUAAUAAUUUAUGAUGAAUCGACACUAAUUUCACUUUCUGUAUCCUGUCUGUCAGUCUGUGCAGUUUAAACAGAGUCAUGUUACGUUUUCUCUGUUUUUCUCUGUUAAUUUGUGAAAUUCUGUCUUUGGAUACUUUGUUAUGUACGUUAUAAAGUAAAUUGACGUCUUUACAGACUUUGGCUGGUCGGAUUGUUAUCUUUUCUAUUUAUUCCAAUAAUUACUGUUUUUAUUUUUGUGGACCAGCGAAAUAAAA